CGAGAGUCCAGAGGCGUGGGUCCUCAUCUUUGUUGUCUUCUGCAGGUCAGAGCCGCGCUCCAACUCUCACACGCGGGGAGGAGGAGGAGGACAAAGAAAGCAUGAGCAGCCGACUGGUGUCUAAUAAUAGCGGCUCUGGUUUGUUGCAUUAUGGAUGCGCCUCUUCCGGCGUGGGAAUCUUUCCAGAGACGGUGAAGACCUCCUGCGUGUCCUCCUCCGCCUAAGCCCUCAGCCUCAGCGGAGUCCUGCUCGCUGCCAUGGCCGCAGUCUGAGCCCCCGGGGAUGCGGGGAUCGCGUCGGUGGUCAGCAGCAGCAGCGGGGCGCGAUGCGGGAGUAUAAGGUGGUGGUGCUGGGCAGCGGCGGGGUGGGCAAGUCCGCGCUCACCGUGCAGUUCGUCACCGGCACCUUUAUCGAGAAGUACGACCCCACCAUUGAGGACUUUUACAGGAAGGAGAUCGAAGUGGACUCGUCUCCGUCGGUGCUGGAGAUCCUGGACACUGCGGGGACCGAGCAGUUCGCCUCCAUGCGGGACCUCUACAUCAGGAACGGGCAAGGCUUCGUCCUGGUCUACAGUCUGGUCAACCAGCAAAGUUUCCAGGACAUCAAGCCCAUGAGGGACCAGAUCAUCAGGGUGAAGAGGUACCAGCAGGUGCCAGUGGUGCUGGUGGGCAACAAGGUGGACCUGGAGGAUGAGAGGGAAGUGUCCCCCAGCGAGGGUCAGGCGCUUGCCGAGGACUGGGGCUGCCCCUUCAUGGAGACGUCUGCGAAGAGCAAGACCAUGGUGGACGAGCUUUUCACCGAGAUCGUCAGGCAGAUGGACUUCUGCCCUCUGCCGGACCGUCGGGAGGCCUGUUGCCCCGCCUGCAGCGUUCAGUAGCGGCCCAUGCGGUGGCGCACGUGUUCGCGGCCAUGCCCAGGACCAGGACUGUCUUUCUAUAUCUAGAUCAGUAGCAGUUCUAACGUGAACCUUUUCUGAACUCCUCUCCUCCAGAGGUGUUUUUUUUUUUGUUUGUUUCCAAAGGCAACAGGGUGCCAAAACCAUCAGUGAAGCCAUCAACAAGCGCCGAGGUGCACGGUACUUUUGGCACUUUCCAAGACUUUUGCAACAGCAAGCGACCUACUCACCAGGUGCACGGAUGUCGAGCAACACCACUGUGAAAGAGUCCUCACAGCCGAUCCGCCUACCUGCGAAUGAAUGAAUGAAUGACAAGAUGAACGAAUGUUUACAAUGAACCUGCACCUUUGGGGAUGUUCACGGCGAAGGUCCCAAAUGUGAACAAGGCGUGUGCAUGUACAAUGGCGUACAAUCAGUUUCACCCAAAGAGACGGCAUCGAUCGUUCCAAUGUAUAGACACGUGUCUUUUUCUGACGAUGCAAAUGCCUUGUUUUGCUGUACGAAGUGAACGUGUCAGUGUGUAGCUCGUUUAAUCUCAAGUCAUAUCAGAUACUGUACGUUAGUUGGUGCGUCGACACUUAUUUUCAACGAAAAAUAAAUCUUUAUUCACAAGU